UGGGUCGUUGCUGUAGUCGCUCGCAAGCGUCCAGUCGUGUUAACGCGCUUUUUCCACUCUUUUAUUUUGUUUGUACCAGCUGGUCGCAGAUAAGCAAUCUACUCAGUUAGUGCAUUGAGGUGCUGGGUGCUGCUAACUGCAGUCCACCAUGUCACACACGGUCACGAUCACGAGGACAACCACUACGACAUCUGGCAACACAUUGUUCAUAAACACCGGUUAUCUGGGCACCUUUCCUGGGCUGUUGAAACUUGCUCAACUGUUGCUUGGAGCAGCAUGUGUUGGAGUUGUGGGCUACUACUUAGAGCCUGGAUAUACGCGUUACAAUGGACAAAAGCCUGAGCUAUUUUACCUCCUUGUAUCCGUUGCGUUCCUAAUCGGCACAUUUUGUCUAUUACUUUCGUGUCUGAUAUCAUUGUCGACGUCAACGAUGAUAUCAAAAACCAUUUAUGAGGUGAUUUACCACGGGAUAGCCUUUGUUAUGUAUCUGGCAGCAGGACUAACACUUAUGAUUGAAGUAAAUCACCAAAAAAGUAGUUACAGAGGAGAUUUUGAGCCAUAUUUAGCUGCAGCGGUAAUGGGUUUAGUGAUGGCGGUUCUCUACUUGCUGAGUACCUUCUUAGCAAAUCGGUCCUAUCGUGGCAUUUGAACUUCUUAAGUACCUACACUUUAAAAAUACAGGAGAAGCAUUUUAAGUUUUUUAAAAUUUACAAACAAUUUUUUGUAAUAUUGCAUUUUAGAAGACGUUUACAUCUUACAAAAAUUGUAGUAAUAAAGCAGAUGGCGCUUUUUUUCAAUAAUACAUAUAUACAUAUGCUCUAAACUAUUUUUAAGUAUUUUCCCUUCACUAUUUAUUAUUAGCUUUAAAGGCUGAAAGAAAAAAUAUUACCUCACUGUCAUUUAAACUUGCACAAUGUGCGGUACUUUUAAAUAACACACUCUGCCGCAAUUUCGAUUAAUUGUGAGCUUGGUUUGUCUAUAUAAAUCGAUGAAAUUUUACAUGCCUGCAGAUUGAAAAAUAAUUUAAUGCAUUUAUUAAUAAUACACACUUAUUUUGGAAGCAUUGUUUCCUUAUAUUUGCGAUGCGGAUUCAAUAGAUAGAUAUAGAUAUUCAAUAGAUUAUAGAUAAUAUAAAAUAAAGUAUAUAUUCAGCCUGUUUUCUAUAGAAUAUUUAUUGACAGAGAAUAGUAAUACUGUUGGAUUCUGUACGGCCAAGUUAGUUUAUAAAUAUUAUCUAAUAUUUGCCGUCGUUUUAAGAAGUUAUUUUUAUUUGCUUUAAGUGUUCAUUCAGUAGACCUUAAGUUCCGAUGUCUAGUAAUGCAUUUCAGUGAUUGAUCAUAAGGUAGUUGCGGCUAUGGUAUGUAACACGGGCAUUGAUCAAAACUCUAAGGCCGUUUAUCUAUUAUCGCUUGUAUGAUGCCAAGCUAAGCUGUGAAACUGUUUCUAUUGUUACCGAAGCUAAAUUAACGUAAGUCUUACCUAAUUAGUAGCAAACCUAGGACUAUUUAUUUCCUACUACUCGACUCGGCUUGUUCUUUCAAAGCUAGUUUCGACUUCGUAGUUAAAAUACGUAACGCAAAUAUUAUAUUAAAAAUGGAUCAAUAGAACCAAUAGGUUAGAAGCAACGAAAACAUAUUACUUAUUUUUUGUGUUCUGAAGGAUUUUGCAUUGGAAAAUCUCAAAGAAUGCUUUGAUACUUUGAGACUGAAAAUACUAUGUAAAUAAAAUUCCAGCAUCAGUUCUUAGACAA